CGUAUGCUGUGUUCAUUGAAUAUAAUGUAAAUAAACCAUGAAAUAAACAGAAAAUGUCAGUGUGGCCGACGUGUUUUGCUUCGAGCGUGGAGGGAGAGUAAGAAUGUUAUACAAUGAGACUGAGCGCCAGUUCGUACUUUCUAAUCGCCGCCAUCGGUCACGAUAAGAUACACAUAACAUUACAUCGCGAGACUUUAAACGACAAUGUCGUACGAAAGCAUUAAGGACUAUCUGACCGCUCACGGUCAAGACCAUCUUAUAAAAUAUUGGCCCGAGUUAAGUGAAAAUGAGCGGGAACAACUUGAGGCUGAAAUACGUAAACUCGAUUUGUCGGAAACGAAUGAAAUGUUUGAGCGCGCGAUAAAUACAACGAAAGUUAUAUUAGAAAAAUUGGAUGACGAUUUGAAGCCGAUACCUCAAACGCAUUACGAAUCAGUAUCCGGUUUAACUGAUGAGAAAAUCGAGGAGUAUGAAACGAUUGGAUUUAAGGAGAUUUCUGAAGGUAGAGUUGGUGUUUUGUUAUUAGCUGGUGGUCAGGCGACCAGAUUAGGUUUCGGACACCCGAAAGGAAUGUAUGAUGUUGGCUUACCAUCAAGAAAAACCCUGUUUCAAAUUCAAGGAGAGAGAAUUUUAAGAGUCCAACAAAUGGCUGAAGAAAAAACUGGAAAAGAAGGUAAAAUAACUUGGUACAUUAUGACCUCAGAACACACAAUGGCCCCGACUACUGACUUCUUUAAGAGUCACAAUUAUUUUGGUUUAAGUAAAGAAAACAUUGUUUUCUUUGAACAAGGGAGAUUGCCCUGUUUUGACUUUGAUGGGAAAAUCUUUUUGGAUGAGAAAAAUCAUCUGUCUUCAGCACCUGAUGGUAACGGGGGUAUUUACAGAGCUUUAAAAACCCAAGGGGUACUUAAUGAUAUAGUUAAGAGAGGUGUUCAGCAUCUACAUGCGCACUCUGUAGAUAAUAUUUUAAUAAAGGUAGCUGAUCCAGUGUUUAUUGGCUACUGUAAAAGUAAAAAUGCUGACUGUGCUGCUAAAGUUGUUCAAAAAUUAACUCCCAGUGAACCUGUCGGAGUUGUGUGCCGAGUGAAUGGUUAUUAUAAAGUUGUUGAGUACUCAGAAUUAACAGAUGAAGCAGCGGAAAGAAGGAACCCAGAUGGUCGCUUAACAUUUUCUGCUGGUAACAUUUGUAACCAUUAUUUCUCAUCAGAAUUCCUGCUAAAGAUAUGCGACUAUGAGUCAAAAUUAAAACUACAUGUAGCUAAAAAGAAAAUUCCCUAUGUCAAUGAGGAUGGAAUUCGUGUGACACCAUCAGAGCCAAAUGGUAUAAAAAUUGAAAAGUUUAUAUUCGAUGUUUUUGAAUUUGCCGAGAAUUUUAUUUGUUUGGAAGUAGCUAGAGAUGUUGAAUUCUCUGCAUUAAAAAAUGCGGACUCUGCUAAAAAGGAUUGCCCGUCAACCGCUCGGGAAGAUUUACUAAGACUUCAUAGGAAAUACAUUAAAGAAGCGGGAGGGAUUAUUGCAGAUAACAUAGAUGUAGAAAUUUCACCCCUACUCUCUUACAGUGGUGAAAAUUUAAAAGAUUUAGUUAAUAAUGAGGUAUUCUCAAUUUCACCAUUCCACUUGAAAAGUAUGCAAGAGUCCGUAACUAAUGGCAUUAACGGUCAUUAAGAUUAAAUAUCAGCAAUAGGUGAGUUUAUGUACCGUUAAUAUCGUUUUAUAAACACGACAAAUUUCUAAAUAGUAUAGAAAUA